UAACCUUUCUCGAAUCGGACUCAAUGGUCUCUAGCCAUGGAUCCAGAGACAUCGGAAAACCUCGGCUCAUAUCGGUUCUCGCCUGUCACAUUUAACGACCACGCCGGUCAAUUAUGGAUCGUGACAAUUUUGUCGCUGAUCUACAGCACGCUUGUGGCUCUGGCACGGCUGUACAUCAAGUACCACAAGUUCGGUUUCGAUGAUGUUUUUUUUGCUUUAGCAAUUAUCUUCCAUCUAGCUCAGUCAAUUGCUGUCUUUAUUGGUUUGAGUAACGGCCUUGGCAAGUUCAACUCUAUCACUACACUAGAACAAUGGGCGACAUCGUCGAAAUCAACUCUAGCGGCCGGUAUUCUCUGCCUUCUAACUCUUAGUCUCGCCAAAUGCUCUGUUCUCGCCCUCAUCCGGCGCAUCAUUGGCUCGAAGCCUGGGAAGAGUGGACCGGUUUGCAUCGGACUUAUGGUGAUCACUGUCGUAUGGGGUGUCGGCUCCUGUUUGGCAUGGCUUGUGAACUGCCGCGCGGAUUCUUUGUUGACUUUGGAUAACGUCAAGCAAUGCCCGCACCAGAAUACACGAUGGGCCGUCAUAACGGCGAUGGACAUCUUGACCGAAACCCUUACCUGGCUACUCGUGCUGCAGCUAUCCUGGUCCGUCAACAUUUCAUACAUCCGCAAGUGUCAGGUUGUUAUGGCUUUCUCAUUCCGUAUACCGCUCAUCGCCCUCUCAGCCGUUCAUCUGGCGUAUACUACAACAAAUCCAGCCUCUCUUGAGCCUCAAUUCGCCGUCACAAAGGCCCUACUCUGUCAACAGAUCAUGGUUGCUUGGUCGCUUAUUUCUGCCACUGUGCCAAAUCUGAAGAACUUUUUGAAGUCAUUCUCUAUGGGAAUGGGGUUUCCAGCGUCUUUUAACCUCAGUAUAUCUAGAUCAAGCAACGUAUACGCACUUCAGUCACUUAGGAAUAAUAGCUCUGGGGUUACAUCAUCUGUGGCUAUGGCGACUACACCAACCGCACAGUUGGAGGCCGGACGAGGUCUCAACUCAAACAACGACAUCAAGGGACACUGGCAGCAAUAG